AUGAAAGACGAAGAAAAGGUCCCCUUGAGGGAUGAUGCCAGCCCUGCGGUGACCCCCAUCGAAGAAGAGAAGAGCCUGCCGCAAUGGAGGCCCGAUCGCGUCGUCUCGCCCCCUACCACCAAGGACCAGUUCGCUACGGGAUUGUGCAUCCUCCUUAACACCUGUGCCACCGUCGCUAUGGUGUUCCUGAGCAAGCGAAUCUUUUCCGACCCGCAGAUGCAUGAUGCCCAAGUCAUCUUCACCAUCUGGCACUUUGGUUGCACCGGUAUCGUUCUCUGGGUUGCCACUCGUGCGCCGUUCCGCGCCUUCAAGCCUGUCCGGUUACCGCUUCGCGACACCCUGCCAAUCUGCGUCUUGUUCACCUCCUAUGUGAUCCUGGGGAACCUGUCUUUGACGUACAACUCGAUUGGAUUCUACCAGCUCGCCAAGGUCAUGACCACGCCCGUUGUCGUUUUCAUCUGUUUCAUCAUGUUCCGCACCUCGAUCUCCAUCUACAAGGCCCUGGCGAUCGGCUGCAUCUGCGCGGGCGUCAGCCUGACCAACUCCAAUUCCGCUCAAAGCAACCCCUUUGGCGCCAUCGUUUCCGGACUGGCCGUGACGGUCACGGCAUUUUAUCAGAUUUGGAUUGGAAAGAAGCUCGAGGACUUGGACGUUUCUGCUCAACAGCUGCUCCUGAACCAAGCGCCCAUUUCUGCCUUUCUUUUGAUAUUCUGCGUUCCUAUUAUGGACAAGGUUCCUGAUUUCAACGCUAUACCCUCGGACGUCUAUUGGUCCUUGCUCGCAUCUGGCAUCACUGCGAGUGUUCUAAAUCUGUCGCAAUUCCUCAUCAUUAGCCGCACUUCUGCACUGACUUUCAAUGUGGUUGGAAACCUCAAGACCAUUCUUAUCCUUUCCGGCGGCUGGUAUCUCGAAGGCAGAGCUCCGACCUCGCAAGAGGCCUUCGGCGUCUCUCUCGCCAUCGGUGGAGGCUGGCUCUACUCGCACUUGAAGAGGAAAUAA